ACAUAGUGAACAGUUCGUUCGGGUACGUGUAUGAAGAUGUCUCUCUUGGCGGUGGAUCUGUCUUACAAGAGAUGUUCCUUGAUGUAUCGAAAGAGCAACUUACACUUGCUACAAGUUCAGACCGAGACUCGACUCAUAAUCGGGUUGUUACAAUCGAUUUAAUCAACUGUGGACAGUACCAGACCUGCGCGGAGUGCAUUGGUGAGGAUGGUGGAAAUGAUGGAGAUCCUUACUGUGGAUGGUGUACUCUAGAGGCAAGGUGUACCCGAUACGAAGAAUGUACUUUCCCUGAUGAAUCUACUCGGUGGCUGUCUUACAAUGCCAUCCAAUGUGUAUCCAUCUCAGAUAUUCAGCCCGAUCAUAGACUACCAUAUAAAGUUACAGAACAAGAGAUCACCAUUACUGUACAGCAGCUUCCAAUCCUGAAAGACAACCACCAAUACCAGUGUGCCUUCGACUCUUCCGUGGUCAAUGCUUUGACAACGUCUGAUACAGUAGUGUGUACAACGCCUCCUGUGGACGAAUUGCCCACAAUCCCUGAAGAAGAUGACCAUAAUAAUUUGACUCUUUCCAUUGUCUCAAUGGAGACCACAGUUUACUUCAUAAGCACAUAUUUAAUCCUGUUUGACUGCCAUCAUAAAUCGUAAGUAACAAGUUUCACAGGUUAUUUAACACCGCGGUUUAUGAUUUUGUAUGAAUGUAAUGAUUGCACAUUUAUUGUCUAUAUAUAAUGUUGUUUUCCCUCUAUGUGAUAAAUUUUGCCAUGCCCCAUUUGCUUAGAGAAAUUUAAGGAGCAUCUUGGAAAUACGUACUAAUAAGGUAUGGCAUAUACGUGUAUUUCCUUAAAGAAUCUGCCACUUCGUUACGAAUAAGAACUUGCAAGUAACUCACUUAAUUUGCAGUAAAAAAGUGUUACUCUGGCCCUAUGCCAGUGGCGUAACUACGGGGGGGCAUUGGGGGGGGGCACGUGCCCCCCCCCAUCGGCUGACC